GAAGGACCUCAACCCGCUAAGACUAAACGCGUAAGCACUAGCAGACAACUGAGAAGCUCACAAAAUCCUACUCCGUAUUCUGAAAUUGCUCUAUGCGAUUGAGCGAUUCAGGCCUCACUUCUCGCCUCGCCAUUACCGCCGGCCGCCAUUUUGCAGCGACAAGCAGCCCAGCCAAUUGCCGUCCGUCCGCCAGAGAUCUGCCUCGCCAGUCGCCGUCCGCCAGAAUUUACAGAAAGCCUGAAAGCGGGGCCGGUAACCCCAAAAUCUCUGAAUUCCAGCAUGCCCGACGCCGUUUCUAUGGCAAACAAUUCCUUGCCCGGAAACACCGUCUCUCCUUCGCCAAUUUUAAUCGACGGGUGUGAGGAAGACGCGGUUUUGGCUCGAUCCAAAUUCUUGCAUCGGAUGGAGGUUUUGCGGCGGCGCAGUCGUCGGGUCAAGCAGCUGACCCGAAUAUACCGGGAUCACUACUGGGCUUUGAUGGAGGAGGUGAAGCUCAAGUACAGAGAGUACUAUUGGGAGUAUGGGAAAAGCCCUUUCCUGGAAGACAAUGAAGAGAAUAACAUAGCCAUCACAGGGACAGGGGAGAACCCCAAUCCCAAUCCCAACCUCAACUCCAACAAUCCUAUCAGUAAUAAGUGUGGGAUAAUUACUUGCAAGUCGAAGGCCAUGGCUUUGACGAGGUUCUGUCAUGCGCAUAUCCUAUCAGACCCCAACCAGAAGCUCUACAAGGCUUGCAAUUAUGUGAAGAAAACUACUGCAACAGGGCCGAUGUUCUGUGGGAAUCCUGUCUUGAGAUCCAUUGUUCCUUCUCUCUGCCAUACCCAUUUAGAGAUGGUAGACAAAUAUGCGACGAGGGCCUUCAAGAAGGCCGGGCUGAAUAUAUCUUCAACCACUAAGUUUGCUCCGAAGUUGCAGGUCAUACUUGUGGAGUAUGUCAACCGAAUUCAGAACAAGAGGAGAGCAUUGAAGGCUGCUUUAGAGAACUCGGAAACAAAGGAGGAUAAUUGCUCUUGAUGGCUGGCCUGUCUUACUUUCAUGGAUUUGACUGUAUAUUUCUCAACAAAUUUGCAAAUAGGUGACCUGUGCAUUGGAUUUUUCUUUAAUAUUUUCUGCUCAAUUCAUUUGCAAAUAGAUAGACUUGUGCAUUGGGGUUUUCUGCUCAAUUCAUUUGAUAUGAUUGAACGGUUUAAUCAUGUUACUAAAAGGAUUCUUUAUUAAUGUCCUAUUUUGUCACAUUCAUGAAUAGGAAGGGAUCAGAAUGCAGUAGCAAUGUAGCAUGUAAUGUCUCCAUAUUUUUAAAAAAUUGGAGAAUUGGAUAAUGGAAAGCAGAAAAUAUGUUUACUAGUACAA